CGUUAUGGCAACAAGGAAGUUGUUUCACCUUUCUUCGAUGAACGCAUUCUCGAUGAUACUUAUCUUUUGACCGUGUCGAAAUACGUAUAAGUUCACUGCACAUUCAUAAAUAAAUAAAGAUCAUGCCGAAUUUUCUUUAACAAUUGGAUUUAUAUUGCUUGCUCUUUAUUUCAAGCAAAAAAACAAGCGAAGAUGGCAAUUCCACACGAGUGAUGCAUCUCCUUAGGAUCGCUGCUAUAGCUGUAUAUUUAGUUGUCACUGCCCAGACAGUGGGUGGAAAGGUGAAUAUAAAAAGAUCGAAAAACAGAGGAUCAAAGCAGUUGGAGAAAGAGAUCUGCACAACAUAUCCAAAAGUAUGUCAUUCAAAAGCUGCAUCGUCAAUGGAAGAAUUUUUAACGGUAGCUGAAAAGGCGAAACAUCACAUUGGGGAAAAUGAUUUAAAAGUAAAAAGUCAUGAGGAGGAACCUAGUGGUAGAAAGGAGAAUAUUGAGAAUCUCAUGGAAAAAUUUAAUGAAAAGGAGCCUUCCAAUUCAAAAGAAAGAAAAGAAGGGGACACAGAAAAAAAAGACCCGGAUGACCAUGCUAUAGAAAAUAGUAAACCUGACCAAGCAGAACACAUUAAAGUUAAAACAAGUCCAAAUCUUAAGAAGCCAAGAAAGGGUAAAGAUAAGAAUAAGGAUACGAAUACUGGUUUACAGGAAGAAGGUGAGAAAGAAAUCAAUAUAGACGACCUUGAUAGAGUGAAGACAAAAACGAAUCCUAACAAACACACAGCAAGUAGCGACGAUCAAAAAAAGGAGUGACCAUAUUGAAAACUUUAAUUUACUUUAAUUUUUCAUGAUUUUUAGAAUAGGGGAAGCAAUUUUUUUUAACGAAUACGAAAACAUACACCUUUAGAGUGAACCCAUAUAUGCUUCAGUUUAAUUGAGCGUUUUAAAAAUCUGGGCCUCGAUAUAUGCUGGUUAUGUUUAUCAUGGACAAUAUUUUUCACAUGCGAACAAAUUUUCUUUUUGUGUUUUUAAAUAGUCCUUCCUAUGAAAAUAAUGCUUACAUAAAAAUGUGACAUAAUACUCAGGAUGCUUAUAAUAUGCUAACAUUUCCGGUCAGAUUUUUAUAGUAUGCGACAAAUAAAUUUAUUUUAUUUUAUUUAUUUUAUAUUUUAUUUUAUUUUAUUUUAUCUUAUUUUAUUUUAUUUUAUUUUAUUUUAUUUUAUUUUAUUUUAUUUUAUUUUAUUUUAUUUUAUUUUAUUUUAUUUUAUCUUAUUU